AUGAAUCAUGUUUUUCGGCAAACAUUACGCGGAGUAAUACGUCUCAAUUCAAGAUCAUUUCCGUUUUCAUACCACCAUCCAUACCGACGCUGGAUGCACUCAUCAGAAUGCAGAAAUGUGAACUCGUCCCACCGUCGCAGUCACACUCUUGCGGAGUUGCGCCCUGUCCAGCCCAAGAUUGAAUCUCCCGUAAAGGAGCCGAAGAAGUCUCCUUUAUCCAUUUUACCACUUUGCAUGGUAAUACGUUCUUUUCUCAUCACAUCGAUUUAUUCUUCGUCCGUACUUCAAGAUUUAUCCCUUCGCAUUCUCUGGGUGAUCGCCCACUCAGAUAACGCUUUCCUCAAUCCGGAUAGGAAUUUCAUUCUCAACUUCCUGCUCAGAAAGUCCUUCUACGCUCAGUUUUGCGCUGGCGAGACUCAUGCUCAAGUAAAAUCUACUGUCAAGCGUUUGAGAGACAUUGGGUUUGGGGGAGUUAUCUUGACGCACGCCAAAGAAGCAGUCCCUCAGGAUGACGCAAAGAGUGCAUCUAUCCUCGAUCCAAGUAUAGAAACAUCUCAUGAUAUCACGGCCGACAUUAUACCAUGGGUGAACAGUAUCGUUGAGACUAUCAACAUGGCUGAUCCUGGCAAUUAUGUUGCACUCAAACUCUCUGGUGCUGGCCGUCUAGCAUUAUACAACUUGUCUCGGAACAAGAAUCCCUCUCCGUAUCUCUCGAAAUCCCUGGACGACAUUUGUAACCUAGCUCGACAACGACAUGUCAGUAUCCUUGUUGAUGCCGAGCACGAUGUGCAACAAGAGGGGAUUGACAGCUGGACCAUGACUUUUGCUCGCCGACACAACACUGAUACCGCAAUAAUCUAUGGGACCUACCAGGCCUACAAAAAGGUUACACCGGCGACUAUUUCGCGGCAUCUUGCAGAAGCUCAGGAAGGCGGCUUUGCUCUUGGUGUGAAACUUGUACGCGGAGCUUACCUCGGUUCUGAUCCUCGAGAAUGCUUCUACGAUACCAAGUUCGAGACAGAUAAUUGCUACAAUUCGAUCUCCGAGUCUGUUCUUACUCGACAAUGGAGUCCAGUCGUUUGCGGGAAUGGGAAUUUCCCAGACACUCACCUUGUUCUGGCUACCCAUAAUGCUGAGUCUGCAUAUAAAGCCCGUACUAUCUGCAGCCGUGGCGAAGCCAAGUCGAGUAUUGUCUUUGCUCAGUUGCAGGGAAUGGCUGAUGAACUCGGAUGCGAGCUUAUACAAGCUGACUUUGGUGGCUCCCCAGUUGCUUUGCCGGCGUAUAAAUACCUUGUUUGGGGAAGUACUUCGGAGUGUAUGAAGUAUCUGUUGCGGCGUGCAUAUGAGAAUCGGGAUGCUGUUCAACGUACAAAUAGUGGUCGCAAAGCUUUGUGGUCUGAGCUUAUUCGGAGGUUCAAGUCAGCUCUGUCCCUUUCAAGCUGA